GUUGCGGGCUGCUGCGGCUCGGGCGCGACAGUUCGGCCCCGACCAUCGCCGGUAGACCUUCGCAGCUGUAGAUUCGCUAAAUCAACCUUCCCUGUCCUCCUCCCUUUUAUUUCUGACUCCACCUACGCUCAACCAAACAACCCUUUCGGCUGGCAGGAACGCGAUUUAAUUAAUUAUUACGGACGACCCUAAUUACUGUGACGUAUUUCGGUGCCGAUUUCGAAAUCUUUCUAAUCGUAACUCACGGCGACCUAAUCUAACGUGACAACUGUCUUGACUCGUUGUAUCUGUCAGACGAAAGGACCACCGCGUGACGUCACCACGAAAACAUUUAUUCGCUACGAACGUGAUUUAACCUUAAGGGUUUAAUGCAAUGAUCGAAUCGUUCCUUAUCAAACGAUAUAAAAGAAAGAUCGAUUAACAUGGAUUUUAUAUGUUAUUAAAAUUUGUGAAUAUUAACAAAUUGUAUCUGGACGGACGUGAUAGAAAUUAUCCCUCGUAGGUGGGUUUGGAUACUAUACUAAAAAAAAAGUCCACUUUCAUCGGCCAUUUGUGGAAAUUAAUACUGGUGUGUUAAAUUCAGUUGUUAUCCUGACAGUUUAAUUAGUUUUCAGUGAAAUCAAUGUGUGCGAUUACUGUGACAUCUUGGGUACUUGACAGUGGUCAAAAAAUUCCUCGACUCCAAAAGUAUUCGCACUGCGAAGGGGGACGCAAGUUACGGGGAUGAGAACUCAGAAAUACUUUUCGAGAUGAUAAAUACAUUAUUCUGAAUAACGUAACGCAAAUAUAAUAUCAAUCGCAGGUAUUGCCCGGUACGAGUCUGAAAAUAAUAAAAAUAGUAUAUAUGGACUAUCGGCACCGUUUAAAAAUGAAAUAUUAGGAAUAAAAAAUAUAUAUCCUUAUUCGCGACUUAAAAUUAGCCCGUGACCUAAUCAUGGCAACGUGAGAGAUCCGCGAAUAAUUACGAAAUGGGAAAACGCUUUUCAAAAUUUUCGUGAAAGCGGAUUAGAAUUUCAUUCCAAGUGGAGUCGGACUGAAUAACCAAAAAAGACCGAAGACAUCGAUUCGCUCUCAUCCGGAAAGGAAGCGGAAUAUUUCUCAGCGUUAAUAACCAUUUGGAGAAAGGCGAAAAGGCGACAAGCCAAAUCCAUUAGCGCCAUCCUCAAGAACAGUACUAUUCAAUGUUGAAACAUCAGCAUAACAGAACGUGAGAGAAAUACAGAAAAAAAAACAGUUAUCAAAAAGAUUAAAAAAAACGGACAAAAAUAUUUUUAAAAAACAGUUCAACCCACCGUAAACACUUAAUCGUUAAUCUUAAAAUCCAAACAUAAUCCUCGCCGAAGAAACAUAUUACACAUUAAUUACGGAUUAGUCAAGAGAAACUAUAAAACAUUAAAAAUGGAUCCAUUAAAAUAAAUACCUCCAGUCAAGCCCGUUACUCGGUGCGUUAACUUAGCUCCCGUUAAGUGAAGCUGCUGAUGACCAGCCAAUUGAAUGACGUCAUCGCCAUACGUGUAACGAGUGUAUGUUAUUUUCCAAGUAUCGUCCUUUGUUAAUCCCCGUCUCGUGCGGAUGCCAAAAUAAACACAUGUGUCGCUCAUACGACAGCGACCUGGCGGCCGCGUAACGAUUUAACGGGUGUAACGACUCGGCCGGCGAAGACGCGUAGAGGAAGGAGACGUCGAAGAAAAAGCCGGGAAAUUUAAAAGCAGAACGACGAGUGUCUUUGAAAAGAGUGCGGUGAUAAUAUGUACUGCCUCAGCGUGGCGUGCAGGUGCGGUGGCGGAGAUAAUGGUGGCGGAGAGAGAUGAGAGUGGCAUUGGGGGGUGGCCGAGAGGGACGAGGAAGAGGAAGACGAGCGAGAAAGGAGAAGAGAACGAGAGAGAAGAGACACAGUCAUGUCAUGGGAGUCUGUCGCAUCCAGGGAAUGCCUCAGUCGUUCCGCCAGUCAUCAACUGUCAGCCACUGCCCUACUUGGCAGCCCCGAUGGCUCGAGACAUCCUCUCGACCUGUACGAAUUCGCCGAAGAGGAUUACCGGCAUCAUAACGGAAGUGGAAGUGGCCACUAUCAUAAUGGAAGAUCCGGUACCGGAUUAUGGGAGUGUCUCGUUGGAUGCAGGCAUCGGCUUGAUCAGCAGUUGGCCAGAAGAAGAGUCGAGCAGGGCUUGAAGUUAUAUCGGGCCCAUAAACAACAGGCGGCCGUACGUAAAUGGCGAGGUGCUCUAAAGAACAUCAGACAACGAGAUGACAAAUUUACCCUUCUUGGUUAUUUGUAUCAGGCUUAUAUGGACUGGGGCAAAUACAGAGACAGCAUAGACUUUGGACAUAGACAACUGUGCAUUUCGGAAGAACUUGACUCGCCAAACAUGAGAGCCGAGGCGUACUUAAAUUUGGCUAGGGCUCACGAGAGAUUAGGCGCUUUGGAUAGAGCAUUAUCCUACGCAAGACACAGUUUGUGCAACGAAUGCGACCAGUGUGCCACUGCAGGAUUGGUUCACUUGACAGUGGCUAGGGUCCACUUGGAACUCGCGGGAUUCUGCAAAGCUUUGGAAGCAUUUCAAAGAGCUCACAAAAUCGCCCAGUCCAUUCAAGAUCCUUCUCUGGAGCUCCAGGUGUACGUCGGCCUUUCCGAGCUAUUCUGUCGUCUGCAGGACGCCGAUAAAAGUGCCAUAUAUGCUGGGAAAGCGUAUGAUCUUUCAAGAAGUCUUCAGCUUGGAGACUUGAAUUCGCGACAUCACAGAGCAGCACUUUUGCAGAUGGCCACCGCUCUGAGAAAGAAAGGCGAACUGGGCGAUGCGCACGAUUACUGUUCGGAAGCGACUAGAUUGUCCCUGGUGUCCGGCGACCAAGCCAGCUAUGCCCGCAGUAUACGCAUUAUGGGCGAUAUCUACAGAAAGAAAUCGGACAUAAAUUUGGACGUAUUACAGAAGGCGUUCCGGCAGUACGAAAGCGCAAUGGGAUCUGCUGCCGCAACUGGCGAUCGUUUAUGCCAAAUGGAAGCUAUGGAUGGCGCCGCAAGGUGCCUCGAGGCACUCAGACUUCAACACAAGAUAUGCAAUUGCAGACCACUCGAAUUCAACACGAGAUUGCUGGAAGUAGCGGGCUCGGUUGGCGCUAAGCUUCUAGUGAGAACCGUCAGAUCGCGACUGUCACGAAUUUACGGCUCUUUGGGCGACGAGGAGCAAAGACAGCAUCACGAGCGACUCGCUGCUGCAAUGGAGGAAGAUUUGGAAUUACGUUGUGGUGGCUGCGGCAAACCUUUUGGCCUGGAAGCUGAUUCCCUGGAGGCUCUACCGUGCUCUCAUAUAUUACACGCCAGCUGUGCGUACGAUAUACUUAAACGACGGGAUAAGAAGAAAAAACGACUAUGUCCCGACUGUCACAAGUCAGUCAGCUCACGACUUUAUCUACACUGUGAGGAUCCACAUGGUAUUAAUGCACUGAAUCACAGCUCGCUCAGUCUGGCAUCGUUAAGGGCGAGCAGUUUGGCCACCCUGGAGGAUUGUCACGCGACAAGCAGCGUAUAAAACUCGUACCGAGAUGCUCUCUUAAUUUUCUUAUGAUCUCGCAUCCAACGCAAAGAGGAUUGGCGAUGCUGAUUAAAUAAACGAGGUAGCAAUAGUAGAAGGAACAGUAGUAUUAAAAUGAGAAUGGUAGGAACGGAAGUUUGCGUUCCGAAUGUAUGAUAAAAACAAUAGUUCCUUCUCAGUACGUAGUUGAAUGCAGAAUAUUAGUUGAUCAUUGAACAAGUAAACGUCAUUACGGUGCACCCUCUCGGUAACAGAAACACUUUCUUUCUAAUUCUUUAUAUGUAUAUUCCUCUUCGUUAUAUAUGUCUUCUUUCGUGUUUGAUAGAUUAUUUGGAAAUUGUUGAUUUUUAAUAUAAAUAAGAAAAUUGUAAUUUUUAAAUAACUCUUACAGGGACGUCAUGUUUAAAUGACAAUGAAUUUAAAAAAAAAACUACCAGACGGUGUUAUAUGACAUACAAAAUGGUAAAGUCAUUGGGAUAGUCAUGACGUCAAAGACACCAAGAAAUGUCUUGAUAAAAAUUAAUUCUUCUUUCAACUUCACAUUCGAUCCUGUUGAAUUUUAAUGUUGGUGCGCACAACUAUGUUUAAUUAUUAAUUUUCACAAGUAUUCACGGAUUCGCUGGCGAAUGAGUAUUUGUUAUAUAAUGAACAGCCGCGGGUUUAAGAUCUGUCGAAUUUAGCUAACGAACGAACAAAUGCCAAAUGGCUUCGAAAUAACUUCCUAUUUUCCUAGACACGCAAAUGCAAUUUAUCGGCCAAAUAUAAGUGCCAAUCACAGAGUCGAAGUGUUGCAGUGAUCGCAUGCGAUAAAUCUGCUCGAUCCUCUCGAAAGUUAUGACGAAUGGACGCCGAGUGUUCAGGACAUCAAAAUCGGUUUCUUUCGUGUUCUAUAGAAUAUCUAGUAUUAUAAUAAAUUUCAUACCUACAGACGAAACGGUUCGAUUCAACAUUUUGCACGGCAUGUUGUACAUGCAAUAUUAUUACAUGAGUUAUGUUUCAAUUCAACAUAAGGUAACAAUAAUCAGGCUGUGCAUACAGCAUUUAAAAAAAAAAAAUCUAAUACACUUUAAUAAUAUGUUCUUUGGAUUUUGCUAAAUGUUGAAUCGCUCCUCAAUUCACGAUCCUCAAAUUCGUCCAGUUUUUUACAUAAAUGAAGACACUAUAACUAUAUUUGUAAUAGAACUUUCAAAAAUUAUUGGAUACACAUCCAACUUUAUUAGACUUAUUAUUUUCAUCAUUCCCGAUAGAUAUAUGUAUAUACGUAUCUACGUCGUUAAAAAGUAAAUUACGAUUUGUAGUUGCAAAAUCAUAUGCUAAAACUCAAAUUCACACACACAACAGGCACGCGCGCGUACAAACAACACAAACUCACUCGAGCAAAAACUGUACGUCUCUCUGUUACUCAAUAUUCUAACUCAAAGUCGCUAUGACUGUGUAUGUGCCAAAUGAUAAAGGUUAAAUAAAUGCUGAGAGAACCUAAAUUUUUGGACCAAUGUGAGAUGCGCGUCGCAACUGACAGAUGGUUAUUUUGGAAUGUUCAUAUUCGUGGCAAUGAUAUCUACGAUACCGCAAUUUCAUCGUAGGUUCAUCAUUCAUUUGCCGAAUUAUUUAACUAUUGCUAGGCACUACAGGUAUACAUAAAAAAUAAUUAUAGUCGUUAUUAAACCUCGGUACGGGGGUAAAAGCGUAGAAAAGUUCUAAAAGAGCUCGCAGACGCGUACGUAAAAGAAUAAAAUAAUUUUAAAAAAGAUUCGAAUUUCUUGAUGUUAUUCAAACCUUUAGAGUGACGAGACGCUAUCGUAUAUUUGCGAUUGGGCCCGAUUAACAAGAUCAAGAAAUAACAAUGCCAGAUUGUCCCCGUGUUCACGGUGAUAUCGCGUUUAUCGUAAAUUACGUUCACUUUUAGACUUUCAUAAUUAUUUGUAAUGAGAAACGAUGUACCCCUUUAGUGCUCGUAAUUUUAUCUAGAAAUGACAAGCGAAUCAAAAAGGAAACUGUCAAACGUCACGAGGAUUGCGUAUUCCAAUUUGUGAGAAAAGAAAUGCCAAUUGAAUAUGUGAGGCUAUGGAAGGCCAUUUUGUAAAAGGAAAUCAAAGUACUUCGAAGUGGCUAAGAUAAGGGAUAAUAGUGAGAGAAUAAUUGAAAAAAUUGAUAGAUAUAUUGCAAUACUUCCUUGGAUGAUUAUAUCCUCGUAAAUUAAUGCCGCGCACGUAUGUAAACCAUUAAAGAAUUUAUACACGUGCAUACGCAUGUACACUGCCGCAAGAACUUAUCACUCUCCCGAUUACUUUGACAAUCCAAAUUGAUCCAAACGUACACUUCAAACUGUCUGUCAUAGAGAUGUUUGUGUCCUUUAAGAUCGCCAAGAAUUUACAUUGGCAAUGUGAAACUUGUAUAAAAUCAGCUCGUGACAUUGUUCUAGAUGAUACACGUUGCGACGGUACUAGUUUAAAUUUUCAUGCAACGACUCCUACUGUAAAUUAGUUAAUGUAACUUUAAAAAAAAAACGAAUUAAAAGUUAGACAAACGUUGUAGCGAACGCGCGAUGACGUAAAGAAACUCGAAAAGUUAAUUGCAAGAGUCUCUUUGGCAAAAUGACAUAAUUUUUGCGUAUACAUUCCGUAUUGAUCAAAGUGACAUCGUAUCCGAGGAGUAACAGCCUUGACGCAAUUCGAAGUGCAAACUUGGCAGUUUCUUUACUUCCCUUGAGCGUUCGGCAAACUGAUUAAAGUGCGCGGCCUUUGCGACAAAGUGAUGUAUGCACAAUCAACCAGGAUGACGUAAAAAAGAAGAAAUCAAGAUUACACUCGUAGGAAAUAUGGUUAAAGUGCACAACAAAAAUGUUACGAUUUUAAGUACUAUGAUAAAAGAGAAAACUGAUUAAACUGUUAACGGUGUAACGAACAAGAUUAUUCACCCACUUGCACAACGUUAUUGUAAACACAAUAAGCUAAUAAAGUGAUAAAAUAUGUCGUUGUAUUUGUUGUAGGCCCGAGAAAUAGACGAGUACCUCAAAUGCAAAUUAAUGUUAAUAAUAAAGGAUAACACUGUUUUAUGAA